GAAUGGAACCCCAAUGCACAACCACAGCAGUGGGCAUGGGGAUACUGGAAUGUAUUUAGUGGAGGUUUGCAAAAAAUGCGUGCGCAAGGUGAACAAACCCUUUAGUCACCGGCAGGGGCGGACUGACAACUCAUGGGGCCCCCCGGGCAAUAGGGGAUCAUGGGGCCCCUGUGUCCUUGCCCAAACUCAAAAAAGCCUAUGAAAAAGGUACCAGGGGAAUCUCAUGGGGCCCACUACUGACCUCGGGCAAUGCCCAAGUUUCCAAAUGGUCAGUCCGCCCCUGGUCACCGGUCACACCGCUGCGAUUUAAAAUCGCGCCAUUUUGUGUGCAAUU